AUGGUGCUGUCGUCACGCUCACUGCAUGCCGCGAUGGACGACGCCUCGUCUCCGCUUGUCAACACGACGCUGAGCUUUAUGAGCAGUAGCAGUGAAGAAGAAGAAGAUGAUGAUGAUGAUGAUGUUGAUGGCAAAGGUGACGCGAAGGAGGCAGGAGAAGAGCAGAAGAACCACAAGCGCAACAGGAACAGCAGCAGUGACGAUACCUCAGUGGACAGCAAGGACGUCGUGCCUCCUCAAGACCCUAGUCGCUGUCGAUCUCGACGGACAGAGCGGCUGGAUGUGACUGAGGGUACAGACAAGUCACAUGGUCGACGUGUGCAGCCGUCACCUCGUAAGACGGUACCGCAGCGAUCCCAUAGAAAGAAGCACCUACUGACGCCGCACGGACGAGACGCGUUUGUUCGAAAAUGCAGUGGUCGCUUGGCUUCUCCCCCGUGUGCCAGUCCUGCGACGUUGCUGAGCGGCAGCCUUGGAUCGAAGCUGUCUAUGAAGAGUCCGGUCGUAACUCGGAUGCGUUUACAAGUGAAGAUGGUGCUGCAACGGCUCGUUGUUGUGGACUGGCCGAGUCACUUUGUUACGACGUACGAUGAUUUGCAGACCAUCCGAUGGCUUGGAGCAGGCGUGUCGGCGGAAGUGUACAAGGUCCGAGACCAGAAGAGUGGAGAAGUGUUUGCUAUCAAGAAGUCAAAGCAAGAGCUACGCAACAAGCAAGAACGAGACCUCCGAACACGAGAAAUAGUUGCUCUACAAAAGCUGCACACUUCUCGGCGCUAUUUCGACCAUAUCGUGCGGCCGUAUCAAGCUUGGCAAGAGAAUGGUUUUUUCUUCUUGCAAAUGGAGCUGUGCGAAGGCGGCACGCUGCAAGAUUUCAUGACGAAACGAAAAAGUCGAGAUGCACUCCCCGAAAACUAUUUGUGGAUUAUACUCCAGGACAUCGCAACCGGGCUGCAUGUCCUUCACGAGCACGACAUUGUUCACCUCGACAUCAAGCCUGACAACAUAUUUAUCACUGAAGAUGGGAAGCUGAAGAUUGGUGAUUUCGGUAUGGCAGGCAAUGUGACGGCAUUGGCAGACUCAUCAUCGGGCGGAAUUGGAGACCUCGAAGGCGAUGCGAAGUACAUCGCAAAGGAGCUGCUGACGAGCGCCGCUCGACUCCCAUCAGCAGAUAUAUUCUGUCUAGGUAUCACGCUGCUGGAGAUCGCUACUCAAGUAGCGCUGCCUGAAGCUGGAAAAGAGUGGCACAAUCUUCGAGAAGGUGAACUCCCUUGUUUUCCUUCAACAUACAGCAAGAAGCUCAGCGAAACGGUUCGGCAGAUGAUGCACCCUGACGCCUUGAAGCGACCUAGCGCCAGCGACAUUCUAGAGAUCUGUAGUGUGCGGACGGACAACAAGCCUGCGAUGCUCUUUAUUGAGCACGCCCUCGAGCACAAGCUAGCGGUACCGUCGAAGGUUCGCAAUACGAGUCGGUCGGCCCAAAAUGGUCAGCAGACUCCCCGCAAGACCCCUAUGCCAUAA